CAUGAUCUCUUCUUUCAUAAUGACCCACCUUGAAUACUUCAUCUUUGGAAUUUCCAAAUUAAUAUUUAAACAUAUCUUCCUUUCUUCAAUUUCUUGUGCUUCAUGUUAAGUUUUUGCACUACCAACACUUAUUUUGUUAGAAAAUGUCUACACCAGCAGAAUACUACCGGUCUCUACCACCUGUGAGUAAGAUCUAUGGAGUGACAUGUUUGAUGACAUCUGCUGCAUAUUAUCUAAAUCUUUAUAACGAAGAGAACAUAGCUCUGUUUUAUGGUUUAGUGUUUAAACGCCUUCAGGUUUGGAGGCUUAUCACAAAUUUCUUCUUUCUUGGACCAUUUUCAUUUCCAUUUGCAUUUCGUUUGAUAAUGAUAGCAAGAUAUGGUGUUUCACUAGAAAGAGGGACAUUUGAUAAGAGAACCGCAGAUUAUGCUUGGAUGUUGAUAUUUGGUGCACUCUCACUUCUGGUGAUGGCUGUUGUGCCAUAUUUAUGGUCACCAUUCAUGGGAAUUUCAUUAGUUUUCAUGAUUGUCUAUGUUUGGAGCCGUGAGUUUCCAAAUGCACUCAUCAACAUCUAUGGCUUGGUGUCACUGAAGGGCUUUUAUCUCCCAUGGGCUUUCCUAGCUCUAGAUUUGAUAUUUGGAAAUCCUUUAAAGCCAGACAUUCUAGGGAUGGUUGCAGGACACCUAUAUUAUUUCCUAACAGUGCUUCAUCCUCUUGCUGGUGGAAAGUUCAAGCUCAGUACUCCUUUCUUGGUUCACAAAAUAGUGGCAUAUUGGGGAGAGGGUACUCAAAUAAAUGCUCCAGUGCAAUCUAAUCCAUCAGCUGGAAUUAUAUUCAGAGGAAGAAGUCAUCGUCUUGGUGGAACUCAAACAACAACAACAAGCAAUGUGUUAACAAUGAAAAGAGGAAGAAAGAGGAAGAAGAGAAAACAACCACUCUAGGGUUUCAUAUCAUAUAAUAAACCAAAACUGAAGUUAAUAGGGUUACACUGAGUAUAUAUAUAAGAAAAUAGAAUUGUCUAGAAUUGUCUAAAAUACCCUUACUACUAAUAUAUAAUAAUAUUAUCUAACAUCUCCCCUCAAACUCACGAUGCAUUAACAUGGAGCAUCGAGAGUUUGUCAACUAAAAAAAACGAAAACGUUUAAUGGAAUGCAUCUUUGUGAACAAAUCAGCAAUCU